AUGCGGAAGAUACGCAUCACAUCUGCCGCUAGCUAUUUUCCCUUGGUUUGGGUAGGUAAGAAUGGGACUAUUAUUGAAUUCGCUUCGGGCGUGACGUCACAUGACCAUCACGUGUCCCGCCUUCCAAGAUGGCUUCCUCCCUGUGAGGUGUUUUUUUUGAGAAUACAUAUCACUUGGCGUCCGGGGGGGAAAUCCACCGGCACUCCCCCGGCUGAGAGGAUGAUAGGCUCUCCGGACCUGAUGCCUUUUACAAUGGAGGAGGAAUAUGAAGAUCCAUUUCAGGGUUCCUCUGGGCUGCCAGAAGAAUACUCGGUGCCUCUGUUCCCUUUUUCUCAAAACAACAGCAGUCCCUGGUCCAGGCUGUCUGGUGCCAAAUUCAGCAGGGACUUUAUUCUCAUCUCCGAGUUCUCUGAGCAAGUGGGUCCCCAGCCUCUUCUCACCAUCCCCGAUGAUCAGCGUAUUUGUGGCGAGUUCGACCUCAACUACUUCUCCCUGCGCAUUAUGUCGGUGGACUACCAGGCGUCCUUCGUGGGCCACCCCCCGGGGUCAUCCUAUCCUAAGCUCAAUUUUGUAGAGGACUCUAAGGUUGUCUUGGGAGACUCUAAAGAAGGAGCGUUUGCAUAUGUCCACCACUUGACCCUGUACGACUUGGAGGCGCGAGGCUUUGUCAGGCCCUUUUGCAUGGCCUACAUUUCCAUGGAUGAGGAAAAGAUCAUGAGACAGUAUAUGGAACUCUCCAGUGAUUUCUCGAAAGCGUCCGACUGCCUGAAAACUGGCAAUAGGAAGGCGUUUGCUAAUGAACUGGAAAAGAAGCUCAGAGACCUUGAUUACACCCGGACAGUUCUACAGACAGAGAUGGAAGAACAGAUGAAGGCUAACGACAAGGGAUUUUACACAACACAAACCAUAGAUAAAGCCAAUGAACUUGCCAGCGUGGAGAAAUCCAUUAUAGAGCAUCAAGACUUACUGAAGCAGAUCCAGUUGUACCCAUACAGGAAAAUAAAAGAGCCGGAUUUUCAGCCAUAUGAGCCAGAAAGUUUUCAAGAGUUGGACGUUCCCGAUGAAUCUGAGCAACCGUUGGCCCCUUCUGACCCAGAAGAGAGCCUGGUGGAAGAGGAGACCAGUGGUUGUCAUCCCAGGUCAUCCUACACCCCUAAAUUCAUAAAGGCAAAGUCGUCAAAAUGUUUUGAUAAAAAAUUAAAAACAUUGGAGGAAUUGGUUGAUACUUAUUUCUUUACGCAAACAAUAGACCUACUUACUAGUGUAGAAAAGAGAUACCGGGGUGACUUGAGCUAUCUUCUAAUGAAGCAACUUGAAAAGGGACUUUUAGAGCAACAGAUGGUUUCAAAUUUCUUGUUUGAAGACAUUGCAACUUGGGAUACAAAGCAAUCCAGUGUGCACUGCGCUAAUAUUUUGGCACUUGCUCAGGCUUUGCAUAUUCCUAAAUUUUUGGAAGAACCGGGAAAUCUUAAAAAUUCUGCAAGUCUGGAAUCAUACAAAUCAAGUGUAGAAUCUGUCCCUAUUAAAAUUAAACAGGAACAGUUUGAAGAAGAGAGUCAUCAAGAGACGGAGGAGCUGAGUGUCUCUGGCACACCAGAUAACUGUGAAUAUAAUGAUGUGCAUAUUAAAGGGAGCGUUAGUAGCAGUGAAAGUAUUGAAGUCUUGAGAACAGAGAAGUCAGUUGCUUUGCUCACUCAUUCUGAAAGCCAACCAUGUUUAAGGGUUAGCCCACAGAUACCCAGGAAAAAGGUAGGUAGCAGAAGAACCAUUAGUGAGGACAGUAUUGAAGUUCUAAGCAUGUGUCCUUCUGAAAGUCUAAUUCCUGAGGAUUUUAGACCAGCAUAUCAAUUUGCUAUUCAUGAAGAGGAACCUGAUGAAGUAGAUGUGGAUGGAGAGCAGCCCUGUAAUUCCACUAUUAAUGACGAGAAUGAACCCUCUGCAAAUGAUUUAUCAGGAGACCCAGCUUGUUGCAUUGUGACGAAAAGUUCUGGACUUUUAGAGCAGACUGGAAAUGUGACCUCUGUACCCAAUGUUGAUGAUGGUAGUACAGUGGUUAGUGUUCCACCACAGUCAUACAGACCUAUGGAUCAUGCUUUUCAAGGCAAGUUCUCAGUGGAUGGGGCUGAUAACCAUUCUGACAAAAUGAGCCCCCUUGGCCUCUCUAGUCCUGAAGCAGAGUCAACAUAUUUAAUGAGUAGCGGAGAGUCUGUGAGACUAAGUAUUGAGGAGUAUUCAGACUCUACAAGUUACAGAAGCAGUACAUCGACUUGUUCUGAUAGGACCCCUUCCCCAGCCCCAUGUGUCAGUGGACUUUCUGAACGACAUAAAAGAAAAGCCGGACAAAAUGCACUAAUGUUCAUUAGACAGUACCCAUUUUCCCACCCUGCCAUUUAUUCUCUUCUCUGUGGAAGAACUCUCAUUGUACUGGGUGAGGAGGAAGCAUUUGUCAGAAGGCUUGUGACAGCACUAUCAAUAUUUGUGCCCAAUCAUGGACAUGUUGCCAAACCCGUCAACACAUGGUUGACUUCGCCACUGCACAUAAUGGAUUUUCAGAAGUGGAAACUAAUUGGACUUCAACGAGGGGGUUCUCCUUCCAGUACCAACAUCCUGCACUCCUUGAACCGCUACAGCCGAUACGCCAGUGUGUUGGACGCAGACCAUAAAACACUACGCUGCCCUGUUUAUAAAGGAGCCUUCCUGCAGCGACUGGCUGAUCAUCGCACACAGAUCAGACGGGGCAGUACCUUCUACAUGCAUGUGCAAAGUAUGUUGACUCAGCUUAGUUCUAAGGCUUUCCUCUUCACCUUUUGUCACCAUGUGCACCUUCCUAUCCAGGAAAAAGAAAGUGAGGAGUCCAUAGCCCAGCGUAGAGUUGCCUUCCUUCACCAGCUGCUUGGUCUCUCUGAAGAGGACAGCAAGAUAGUGGAAUAUCUCUCAGAGCUUCUAAAAAUGCAUUAUCUGAGGGAAUCAGGGACCCAGUUAAUCCCAGUGCUCAGGUUUGACUAUAUCCCCAACUUUUUAUACAAGAUCUAACCCCUGGGAGCCUUCAUUCCUAUGUAGAGAGGCUGCCGUUGACUUGAGAAUGUAACCGUAGCUGAAGGAUGACAACUGCUGCUCCUCAGACUGGGAAAUGUUUUUGGGAAUAUCUUCUUAGUGUUUUGUUGGCUUACUGUCAAUGUCAUGUGGUUGUGUACAUGUGUAUUUUUGUUUUAUACCAGCCUUCUUAAACCAUGAGACUACUGAGCAACCGCCCUGUUCUCAUCCCCGCAUGUUAAAUAUACAGGAAAAUUUUGUAGUGUUAGGAAGCUGUAAGUAGGAAACAGCUGUGAUCUUUAUGAAAAUUGGCCUCAACAGCAAAGUCAUGCUCACAAAGCCUUCUAAGAUGCGCAAGAGUAACCAACUUGUUUUGUAUGUGCAAAUAUCAAUGUAGAAUACGUACCUGCCUUCUCAGUAGUGCAGGUGGCAUCCUACCCCAAACACAACAGCCAUUAAUGUUCCUUAUCUGAUUGCAAUGAGCAAUGUAAUGAGCAGUAUUUACAAGAUGUCUUGUUAACUGUGGGUGAUGAGUUUCAAGCACUAAUUAUCCUAAUAGCUUUACCUCCAGAUUAUAUUCACUUAUUUGCUGUGAUCACAUUGCCCUUGGGUCAAUGUUGUGCUGCUACAGUCAGUAUAAGGUUAGAAAUUACCUUGCAGGUGAUACGACUCACAAACCAAAGGGUGGUAAUGUAAUACCAGUUUUUCCUGAUCCAUGUUAGCAUAGUGCUGAAUCUCUAUUACAUAACCCAGUUUUUCCUAGGCCUUACAGACUGUGAUGGGGUAAACCAUGGUUAUUUUUGUAUCUCGGAUUACUAGAUAAUGUGUUUUUCUAAUCAAUAACUGACCCAAAGUUUGUGUAGGACUGACCUAUUGUAGCAUCAGUAGUUGUGCUUGUGCACUAUGAUAUACAACAUUGAUCAGACCCACUGCAAUACUGGGAAAUCGGAUGGGCCCCUACUGAUCCAGGCCUGUUCACCAGAUAGGUGCACAGUGGGCUGAUGUUUGUGAUGGGAGAAGCUGGUAGGGAGGGCACAUUGGUAGCUGUGGAAUCCUUGAGGUCAGCUCCUCUGAUGGGCCUUGGGAUCUCCAGUCUGAUGCUGAUAGUGUACUGAGUUAACCGGGUAAAAUUCACUGUGCUGGUAUUACACAAUUCAUUGCUCCUCUGUAUUCUUCACUGCUUCAUAAUCUCAUUUGCCUCUGACUGGGAUUUGCCUGUGCCUGCCUUGGCCAUCUUAGAUUUCCAAAGCUACUAGGUAGCUCUUCCAUGUACUUCCUUAUGACUUACCAGAUAAAUCAUAAAAGAUUCUGUAUACAGUAAGUGUGAUACUAACUGAAAGCCAUAUUACUGCAAUGAUACGCCUGACGUGUAAUUACAGGAGGGACUCCAAGCUGUAGUCAUGUCACUCAUCGAGAAAAUUAGGUUGCAUAGUUUCAUUAUGAGUCGCACAAUUUGCUAUGCAGCUUUUCUUUUGAAUAUGCAAACUGGCCAUAGGGUAUUUCUGAUUUUAUGGAAUAUCUUUCUUCCAGAAAUAUGUUUCAGUGCACUACUAAGGGUGUAGGUGGACCUAGAACACCUCUUGGAUGGAUGGUUAAUGUCGUUCUGAAUUAGACUUAUUAAUCGUAAAAAUGAUCAUGUUUAUUUUUGGUGAAGUUGCCAAAGAACGCUAUAAGAUAUAGAUUAUAAUUAGAUGAUUCAGCUGUGAACCAACUAGGUGCAUGUCCAAUUUAUUUGAUGUCUGUUCUGUUGUCCACAUGAUGACCUUAAAGUUUCAAUCCCCUAAUUCUUGAUUGGUUUUUAUUGUUCUUGACUUUCUACCUUAUUAGCAGCACUGUAUUUAGGUCUAGUGCCACCCUAGGCUAUGAGUGACGUUACUCCGGCAAAAAUUACCUACCCCAAGCUCAGGUGGUGUUUGGGGUGGAUUUCUUACCCUGUUGUUAAACUGGUAACACGGGAUGUUUUUUGUGAUCAGCUUGUUUAGCCAGUAGACCAAAACUAAUGGAUCAUAGGCAAUUGAGCCAUGUAAAUCAAUUGGACACCAAUUUGCCCAGCAGGCCAACAAGUGGAUGUUAAGAGAAGUGUAGAAGUGGUAAUUUUUUGUUUGGUGGGACAAGAUGGAAUUCAAUGACAUUUAGCUGAAUUGGAUUUUGGAUUUUUCAACUGUUUAUUCAAAAAUUAUGCAAUCCUUUGAUUUUGUUGCCACAAUUUGAUAAAAAUAUUUGCUAAAAGUGUUACACAGGCAGUAUUCAAUAAGUUCAGGUUAGUAGGUUUUCUGGAAUUUUUAGUUUUGUUUUAUAAAGUGAUUUAUAGGCACCUUUACAAAUACGUCCAUUGGGUGAAGCUUUGAGUUUGUUUUAUAUGUUAUUUUGCACUAGCUUGAUAUCAAGAUAUGAAGAAAUUCCCCAUCCUGUAUUAAUAAGAUGAGUCAAACUCAGAUCUAGGAUGUGAUUAAUAGCAACGAUUUGGGAUUCGCUGAAUCUAUCAAUUAUGGAUCUAAUGAAAUACUGAACAAAAUAAUAUUAAAUUAAAUAUUGUUUAGAUUUGAGCACAACUGACAAACAGCAUGAACAAUGAAGAUGCACUGACUCUGGGACUUGGUUUGAGAUUCGACCAAACCUUUUCUCAGGACUUCGAUUUGGACGAGUCCUAUGUUACAUAUUUAUUAUAAUUUGAAUUCAAGGGGGAAAAAUGCAGAUUGGAAUAUUGUCAAAUUUGAGUUUUCCGAACUCACAUUUUUGAGAAUUAGCAAGAGAACUAGCAGCUAAAACCUGACAAGCUGCAACAUUCAAAUUAUUUUAUAAGAGUUUUUAAUCCCUGUAAAGGAAUGUAAUCAAGGUUUUCCAGUUUGAGGUCAAGAAAAAAUUGGAUUGUAUUUGGAAAAACUCAAAUUUGAAAAUUAGCAAAUCAGUCUCCCCAUGUCCAGUGUGACUUUAAAGGCUCUGAAAAUCUGAAGGCACAAACUGUUUGACUAAGCAAAUGGCUAUUAGUGGAGGAUUAGUAUUUGCCCAAAUCUAAAAAUGAUGGAUUCAGCACUUUCUUAAUUGUCUGUGCCUGUGCUUUUCAUAAUACUGACUUGUGAUUUGCAUACCGGCCCCAAAGGGUCAGGUGGGUUUGAGGUGACAUCACUUUUUUAGUGGGUCCCAGGAAACUGAUCCUCUUUCGUCCGCCUGUAUUUCUCUGUUAUGCCUGUAUUUCUCUGUGAUAUACUUGUGCCUGCCCUGUGACAUCAAAGAUAAGUCCGAGGUGGAUAUAUAAAGAGUAAAACUGGCCAUAUAUUGGGAGAUCCGCUUGUUUGGCGACGACCUUGAGGUGGGCAAUAUUGGGCUGAUCCGAUCGUGGGUCCUAGAGAAUAGUAGGGCGGUCGGAUCCAGGACCGCAUCAACAAACCGAUGAAGACCAUGAUCCAACAGAGUUUUUCAACCCGCCUGAUCGACAUCUGGCCUUCCCGCCGGCUGUACUGAAAAAUCGCCAGCGGGUUGCCACACGCUGCACUUCGGUAGGCAACUUCGGAAAAUGAAGAGCCGCGAGUGCCAUCCCGCUGGCGAUUUUUCAUUAUAGCUGGCGGGAAGGCAGUUCAGGAGAACUGUGGCCCCGAAGAAGAGGCGAUUUGUCGCCAGGGGCGACUGAUCUCCUUGAAUCUGCCUGUGUGCCCUUACCCUAAAUGUUGUGUCAGAACAGUCUCCCGAGUCCCUCUCAUUCCCUGCAUACAUUUAAUUAGUUAAAGGGGCAAAUAUACAGGCUUAUUUUUGUGUUGUACAGAUGGGAGAGCAUUAGCAAGGGUAGAAACAAAUCAAUGUUUAACACAUCUAUAUUGCCCUUUAACUGGCCACUGUUUGUUACAAGUUGCCAUUCUAUACCGUCACUAAGCACCCUGCAGCACCCAUGCUCCUUGUAGAUGUCAUGGUGACAGUCAAUGUUCCACUGACAAUAAACAUGCACUUUGUAUUUUGAUUUGCACAUUUCUUUUAAUAUAGAAUAGUUUACCAUCAAAUCUUAGUUUAGUUAUUUUAUACUGACCAAAGGGAUUUGUAAAGAAUACGUUGAAAUUUUCGUUCUUUUUGUUUGUUUGUUUCUUUUUUCAUAUGCCCGCAUGGAGCCGAAUAAAAAUCUUAGAUACUAUUAAAAUAUUAAUGGUGAAUGGUAGGCUUCUGCAGCACUUGCUGAACAUCUGAUUCAAUAUAUGUCUUGUUCCUAUUAUCGGUGUAUCUGGUUGCACGGCAGAAUGUGAGUUUGACUGUCAUGAGUCAGUACAGAUUCCAUGCAACUUCUACGGAUUUGGAGUUCAGAGCAGGUUUUAAGGCCAUUCAUGGAAUUUUAUCCAAUUUGUCCUCUCGUGUUCUGGGCCAAAUCAGGCAGAUCCAAUGGUUUGAUCCCAGGUCAACAGUUGGUUUAUAAUGGAGAAUAAUGCAGACUGAGAACACCCAAAUAGUGUGCCAUAUGUAUAUAAGCUUUUGUGUAUGUAGCCUACUCCUUUCCCCUUUUGGUUUGUUUAGAGCUAAAUGGAGGGAACUGUUAAGAUGAGGAAUACAAAAGAGUUGAAAAAGCAAGAUGGUGGGUUGAGUUUAUGUUUAAAUCAGUCUAUGAUCAACAUCUUCUGUGUACACUAGGAAAUACUCUUUUAUCCCCUUUGCUGUCUAACGUACACAUACAGAGACAUGUAGUACAAAUAUUGGUACAUGUAUGGUGUCCAACCAAGCCUGACUGAUAUCCUUGCACUGGGCGUAUCAGUCAGUACCAGAAUCGGGCAGCUUAGACACUUUCAUUGCUGAUGCAACAUGUUGACCAAUAAAUGGUGAACUGGGAGACGAGGAAGUGGCUUUCUGCUGUUCCAAUUAUCCAUGUCCUGUACAUGAACGACCAAAACCAUAUGAAGGAGGUGAUACCAUUAGUGGCUCAUCAUAGUGUCUAAACGACUGUUCGGCGUGAGGGUUGUCUUUAUUUUUGUAAAUGCACUGCCUGCUUCCGUAUCUGAAAAAUUAUUUCUCCUACUUUUUUGCCUAUGUGACUGGAUGUGCUCUCUAUUGUGUUGAAUGGUGCCGGUGUAUUGAAAUUAUCUUAGAACUAUAAUAGAAAACUGGAAACUAUAUUUAUGAUUUAAGGUAUUCACGUGAAACUUGUAGAUCACACCCCCCCCACACACACACGACUCUCAGCAGAUCUACAAGUGUUCCAGGUUCUCCAGCAGGAGGUAGUACAGCCAUACGACACAUCCCAUCUCUGGUUGACUCGGCCUUGAAUUAAGAUUUCACUAAUUCCCUGUACAAUACGACAUCUUGUUUAACAUGUGACUUAUUUAAUAUAUGAAUCAAUGUGAAUUAUUCUUGAUUUUUGUUAAUCUGUGAAACUGCCUAUAAAACCCAGAAUCCUCAGUCCUACGCAUAUGACGUACUCUUGAGAACCCUUUUUUCUUUCCCUCUAAUACCCACCUCAAAGUAUAUGUAUACCAUGAUCUUUUGGUUUAACUCAGCUGCAGUAUUAAGUAAUUGUCUUUAUUAACGCCCCGUCCCCCACAUGUGCAAUAUAGCCCGAGCUUGCUGAUGCGGUCUCUUAUUAACGACAAGGCCAUUCCUCCAUUGUCUUUAUUUGGCAGGGACAUGUUAUAUCUGCUGCUGGUUUAGUUUCACUGGUGCCCAUUGGCUCAGUCAAGGACUUGAUUGGACACCCAACAUGUAUGAUGAUUUAUCUGUGUGGUGCCCAUGGGCCAAUCAAUCAUCAUUAUGGGCUUCCAUCUAACACUCACCAGCAGAAGGAGGUCUAGAAGGAGCACACUUUGGGUUCACUUCAAUGGAAGAAGGUGUUGAAUUGAUGUACUCUUGAGGCAAACUCUUAUCUUUAUUUUGCUUUAUCCUCCCCCCUCCAUGUCACCAUCAUGAUUGCACCUUUUUCCACCAAAGUUGAAUGCAGUUGAGUUUGCUCCACCUGUAAAACAUUGCACCAUCUGUAAGAUCUCCUAUGUGUACGUGACAUUAGACUCAUAACACUCAGGGUUUACGUUGCAGUGAAAAUACUAAGGGGUGAAGCAAUACAAUACUUUAAUUAUUACUGUCUCUGUAGCCUUUAUCUUGUUAUUGUUAUCUGACGUGGAGGACAUAAGGUGCAUGUGCAGCUCCACCUCUCGGUGAUCACUUGAUGCUGCAUGAACUUAAAAGUGGUGUCUAAUUCUGUGUCGAACUGACGCUCCAAAUGAAUAAAGAAUGAUACAGCCUC